CGGCCGGGGGGCGGCGGACCGCGGGGUGCUGGCCUGGCUCUGCUACGACGCCCUGGUGCAUUUCGCCCUGCGUUAUGGAGUUAAAAUUUCCAUACAGUAAAAUCCACCCCUGGAGAGUACAGCUUGGUGAGAUUGGGAAAGAAUAUGGCAAAGCUGAUGCAAGAUGGCUUUAUUUUGACCCAACCAUUGUGUCUUUGGAAAUUCUGACUGUUGUCCUGGAUGGGUCUCUGGCAUUAGUCCUCAUUUAUGCCAUAGUCAAAGAGAAGUAUUAUCGGUUAAGCCAACAUUUCAUGCCAUAUGAAAUUGAAGUUUGUGGAAUUCAAAAAGGCCAAGAGGUGGCAGCAAAGGUUGGCCUCUCCACCUCCUGUUCACCCAGGGACUCUCCCAUCUCAUCCCAGGCUCUGCAGAAAGAGGCACAGACUAAACAACUCAUCAUUCCUAUUUGACUUCCAUCUGUCUGAAGGCCAGGCCUGGGGCUUCUGGAAGGGAGGGCUCUGCCCCACCUUCCCUCCCCACCCCCCC